AUGCUCCCUCUCCUCUUCUACAUACUUCUUUUGUUUCGUCCUCCUUCCCCUACCCCUCUUCUAUCUCCCUCGCCCUCUCCCACUUCUGUAUCCCGUCUCCUCUUAUACUCCCUCCCUCUCUUCUAUCCUCCUACCCCUUCCCCCUUCUAUCCCCCUAACCCUUCCCCUCUUCUAUCCUCCUACCCCUUCCCCUCUGCUAUCCUCCUACCCCUUCCCCUCUUCUAUCCUCCUACCCCUUCCCCUCUUUUAUCCUCCUACCCCUUCCCCUCUGCUAUCCUCCAACCCUUUCCUCUUCUAUCCUCCCCCUCUUCUGUCCGCCUACCCCUCUCCCUCUGCUAUCCUCCAACCCUCCCCCUCUUCUAUCCUCCUACCCCUUCCCCCUCUUCUAUCCUCCUACCCCUUCCCCUCUGCUAUCCUCCUACCCCUUCCCCUCUGCUAUCCUCCAACCCUUUCCUCUUCUAUCCUCCUCCCCCUCUUCUGUCCGCCUACCCCUUCCCCUCUGCUAUCCUCCUACCCCUUCCCCUCUGCUAUCCUCCUCUUCUAUCCUCCUACCCCUCCCCUCUGCUAUCCCCUCUUCUAUCCUCCUCCCCCUACCCCUCUUUUGUCCUCCGACCCCUCCCCCUUUCCUUCUCUCUCCCGCUUUUCUACCCCCCGCCCCCACAAUUUUCGUCCACCCCCUUUUCUACAUGCAAUUAA